AUGAAGUUCACGCUGAACCUCUAUGUGUUGCGGUUGUUGGUGACAAUGCUUUCCAUCUUUGUUAGACUGAUGGGAUCACUGGGAGGCUUAUUAGAGAGCCCAUUGCCUGGGAGCUCCUGGAUCACCAGAGGUCACCUAGCCGACACACAGCCUCCCAAGGGCCUACCAGACGACCCAUCCCGAAGAGUGCAAUGA